GCCCUCCAUUAAAAUUACCUCCAUGGCGUAUGCAAGUGCAUGCCCCUCCUUUCUAGUACAGCUCGAAGGCUGCGCACAGCCUUAUCCACAGCUAUGCUUUCAACCACCACCAUCCGCGUCCUCAACGAACCAGGCGAGAAGAAAGCUUCGGGGCGCCCAGCGCAUUGGACCUCUGAUAAGCCAGUGUGGUUCCAGAAUCCAUGGCCGAGCUGGAGGACGAACGGGGGGCUUGAUGCUCUCAGUAUGUUUGCGUAUAUGGCUAGGAAUCAACCCGACCUGCCUAAAGUCGGGAUUCCUAUCAGGACGCCGACAUGGGGCGGGGAGAAGGAGGAGCAUAGGGGCGACGUGAAGGCGACGUGGUUGGGCCACGCGUGUUUCCUCGUCGAGUUUCCCUUCGUGGCUUCGCUAGGGAGAGGUGCGAGGGUGCUGUUCGACCCUGUGUUCAGUGAUAGGUGUUCGCCCAGCCAGUAUUUCGGCCCGAAGAGGUACUCGGAGCCGCCGUGCAAGAUUGAGGAUAUACCAGAAGUGGAUGCUAUCGUCAUCUCGCAUAAUCACUAUGACCACCUAGACACCCAUACCAUAACCACUCUCUUCAAACGGACUCGCCCGCCCCACAUAUUCGCUCCCCUAGGCAACGAAAAGUACUUCGACUCAAUCGGCAUACCUGCAGGACACGCGCACACCCUCGACUGGUGGGACGCCCAACGCAUAGAGAUACCCGACACCUCUUUCAAGCUCACCUGCACCCCCGCACAGCAUUUCACCGGCCGCGGGAUUCAUGACCAGGGCAAGACUCUCUGGGCGAGCUGGGCUGUAGAGGGAGAAGGGGGUAAGAAGGUGUAUUUCGCUGGUGAUACCGGGUAUAGGUCUGUCAAGGAUGGGGAGGCUGAGCAGGAGAGACCGACGUGUCCUGUGUUCAAGGAGAUCGGAGAGAAGUUUGGUGGGUUUGAUUUGGCGAUGAUUCCUAUUGGGGCAUAUGAGCCGAGAUGGUUCAUGUCGACUAUACACUGUGCACCACAAGAUAGCGUCCGCAUCUUCAAGGAUGUGAAGGUGAAGAAAGCGGUUGCGAUGCACUGGGGAACGUGGAUCCUAACGACAGAAGAAGUCACCGAACCACCGAAGAGAUUAGCCGAGGAGUGCAAGAAGAUUGGGAUAGAAGAGGGCGGCUUUCUCGUCAGCGAUAUCACGAUGUUUCACAGAGCGAGCUUCAGAAAAACGUAUUGGCCAGCAUUGCGACGAUAUUCAUAACUCAGGGAAUUGAACUGUUGAACCCUGGUACUACGAAAAAUUAGCCGUUCGACUACGUCCGGAUACAAUCAACUGGCUGAUGAGUAGAGGACCUUUUCCCGGUAAUAGAUGCCCUUAGUCUGGGCGGGCAGAAACGCCGCUGUCUUGCUAUUAUCGCUUUGUCAAUUUG